AUGGCACUUCCUACACCGAUUAUGUCCCGUGCUGGAAUCGGCAGUGGUCCGAUGGAAAUGGCCUCACUUCUACCGUCACAUGCCGUUCCACCACCAUACGGCGAACCUUUUCACGUACCUCAUGAUCCUCACGCUGAUGAACCCUAUCACAUAUUGGAGAUUCCUGCAAAUCAGAUCAAAGUGGGCGAUCUUCUAGGAGAAGGGCAGUUCGGAGUGGUCUACAAAGGCUUUUGGACAGGUGGCUUGAUCAAUGGCGAUCCCCUUCAGGUAGCCAUCAAGUCAGUUCGUGCCGAUGCGACCAAUGCUGAUCGGGCCAGCCUCGAAGAGGAAGUAAGGACCGUGGCGUCGUUCGAUCAUCCUCACGUGUCAUUCGAUUGCUCGGUAGGUGUCGCUUACCUGAAUGGUCGAUUAUCAGCGGUGUUUGAGUACAUGGUCAACGGUGAUCUGCACGAGUUCCUCAGAAUACGUGCUCCAUCUCAUCCGGAUCAUAAUCCAGCCGACGACAGUAAUGACUUCAUGAGCAUAGCCACUCAAAUAGCCUAUGGAAUGGAAUACCUGGCAUCGAUGGCCUUUGUUCAUCGCGACCUCGCCUCAAGGAAUUGCUUAGUCGGAGAUCAACGGAUCAUCAAAAUCGCUGAUUUUGGAUUGAUGCGAUCGUGUUACGAUAAUGAUUACUAUAAGGUUGGUUUAAGUUUCUGA